AUGGCUGAUCAGCUCAACAUCAACGGCCUCAAUAUCGGCUCCACUCAGGAGGCCUCUGGUCGCUCCUCUUACAUCCCCCCUCAUAUGCGAGGCAAGAUGGGCCAGGCUCCUCCUGCCGCCGCCGCCGCCCCCGGCGCCGGCGGCCCUCCCAACGUCAACGGCGGCCUCAACAACAGUGCCUGGGCUGGUAACAACGGCAACGGCAACUACGGCGGUGGUCGCGGCGGCGGUGACUGGCCUGCCAUGGGCGGUCCCGGUGGCCCUGGCGGCCCCCCUGCUCCCGCUGCGGCUGGCGGUCCUCCUCCUCACUACGGUGGCGGUCGCGGCGGUGGUCGCGGCGGCUGGAACGGUGGUGAUCGUGGCUACGGCGGUGGCUACGGCGGCAAUGCUGGCGGUGCCGGCGGUGCUCCCGCACACACCCGCGGCUCUGGCGAUGGUCAGUGGCGCGACGGCAAGCACAUUGCUGGACCCGCCAACCCCCGUGUCGAGCGCGAGCUCUUCGGAACCCCAGACGAUCCUUCCAAGCAGCACACCGGUAUCAACUUUGAGAAGUACGACGACAUUCCCGUCGAGGCUUCCGGUCACGACGUUUCCCGAGCCUGUCCUCACGUCCCCACCCCCGUUCAGAAGUACUCUAUCCCCAUUGUCAUGGGUGGCCGUGACUUGAUGGCUUGUGCCCAGACUGGUUCCGGCAAGACUGGUGGUUUCCUCUUCCCCAUCCUUUCUCAGGCCUUCAUCAACGGUCCCUCGCCCGUUCCCGCCAACGCCGCCGGUGGCAGCUUUGGUCGUCAGCGCAAGGCCUACCCCACCUCGCUGAUCCUCGCCCCCACUCGUGAGCUUGUCUCGCAGAUCUACGACGAGUCUCGCAAGUUCGCCUACCGUUCGUGGGUUCGCCCUUGCGUUGUCUACGGUGGUGCCGACAUUGGUUCUCAGCUCCGCCAGAUUGAGCGCGGUUGCGAUCUCCUGGUUGCCACUCCUGGUCGUCUCGUCGAUCUGAUUGAGCGCGGUCGCAUCUCCCUGCAGAACAUUAAGUAUCUUGUGCUCGAUGAGGCUGAUCGCAUGCUUGACAUGGGUUUCGAGCCUCAGAUUCGCCGUAUCGUUGAGGGAGAGGACAUGCCCGGUGUUCAGAACCGCCAGACUCUCAUGUUCUCCGCCACCUUCCCCCGCGAUAUCCAGAUGCUGGCCCGUGACUUCCUCAAGGACUACGUCUUCCUCUCUGUCGGUCGUGUUGGCUCCACUUCGGAGAACAUCACCCAGAAGGUCGAGUACGUCGAGGACGUCGACAAGCGCUCUGUUCUUCUCGACAUUCUCCACACCCACGGCGCAGGUCUCACGCUGAUUUUCGUCGAAACCAAGCGCAUGGCCGAUUCGCUCUCGGACUUCCUCAUCAACCAGAGCUUCCCUGCCACUUCCAUCCACGGAGAUCGUACUCAGCGCGAGCGUGAGCGCGCCCUCGAGUUCUUCCGUAACGGCCGCUGCCCCAUUCUGGUUGCCACCGCCGUUGCCGCUCGUGGUCUCGAUAUUCCCAACGUCACCCACGUUGUCAACUACGAUCUACCCACCGACAUUGACGACUACGUCCACCGCAUCGGUCGUACUGGUCGUGCCGGCAACACUGGCCACUCCACAGCCUUCUUCAACCGCGGCAACCGUGGUGUCGUCCGCGAGCUACUCGAGCUGCUCAAGGAAGCUAACCAGGAGGUUCCCCAAUUCCUCGAGACUAUCGCUCGUGAGUCUUCCUACGGCGGCGGCGGCCGUGGUAGAUCCGGCGGUGGUCGUGGCCGUGGACAGGGUGCCAACCGCGAUUUCCGUAAAUUCGGCGGUGGCGGCUUCAGCAGCGGCGGCGGCGGCGGCUUCGGUGGUCCCCCCAGCAGCGGCUACAGUGGCGGCGGCGGCGGCGGCUUCGGAGGUCCUCCUCCUAAUCCCAGCUACGGCGGUGGCGGUGGUGGCUACGGCGGCGGCUACGGCGGUGGCGGCGGCGGCGGCAACUAUGGCAACCCUGGCAGCGGCGCUGGCGGCCAGUCUUGGUGGUAA